GAGCCUCAGUAUAGCCGCCAAUCCAUUUGUCAAGAGACCCGCCAACGUCGGCCGCAUAUUGGAGAUGUUCUGGACACAGGGCUUGCCGCACUCGGUGACUAACCGCUACGCCCUGACCCAGUCGCACCGCUGCUCAGACUUGUGGUGGAGAAGCUUUCUCGCGGAAGCGCGCGCUGGGGAUCUGUCGGACAGGAUGUACGAUUUCGUCCACGGCUUCUCGACUGAUGUGCCCGGCUCCUGGAUGCCCGCAAGCCCCGGCAGCGCCGAGGCCUCGACGGGGCACCUCGGCUGCGGGAAGGCGAAGUGCCGCGCGCUCUGGUCAGUUGAGUGGCCACGGAUGUUCGGAGAAGGUCGGGCCUGGGAGGACAUGAAAUCCCUGGAGUGCGCUGAUUGCAGCGCGGAACGCCGUCGGCGCUGCCGCGUCGCCUCUCAGAGCGGUGCCAGACAGCGGGAGGUGAGCACGGCGUUCGCGGACGCGCUGUUCGUGCACCCGUACAACGCCCCGAAGAGCAGGUCGACGGAGUCGCUCGCCCACGCCAGGCAGAAUUGGCUCAUGUACCCCGAGAACAAGACUGGCGGAGUUCCGGGUGUGCUGCCGAUCUUCGAGGGGAUGCGGGCGCGGUUCACCGCCACGGAGAAUGAAGAGGCGGGAGCCUGCAAGCACUCCUGGGGUACCGUGACGGGCUGGGUCCUCCACCCCGACGGCUCGAAGUUGGUGAAAGACCACAGGUCCGAGCCGGAGCUGGUCCUGCAGCACGUGCCCGAGGCGAUCAUGGUGCAAAUUCCCGGGAAUACGGCGCCCCGCUUUGGGAAUCAGGCCGCGGGUGUCUUCCCCGUGAAGCAGAAGGAGGUGUCCUGGGAUCGUAGUCCUGGCUUCAAGGCCAUGGUGAAGCGCGCGGGGUUCCCGCUGGUCCCGCACUUCGCCGCCGCGGCCCACUGCGUCACCGGCGCCACGCUGCCGCAGGCCAUCAUCGACCUCCUGGACGCGCGCACGACGCCCCGUUCGUCCAUGGUCCCCACGGGCUACGUGGCCAUCAGCCGCACCAGGAGGGCUGACGACCUGAUUAUCACGCAGCCCUUUUCGCCGAUGCUUUUCCGGCAGGGGCACCAGACUGGCCCGUGGCUCCUGCACUCCAUGACAGCCGGGGAGUUGACGACGGAGCAGGCGAAAGCCGGCUGGGCCAAGGCAGAGAAGGAAGCGGCUUCCAAGUCGUCCAAGAAGGUGGUGGACGCCACGUUCCAGUGCGGCGACUGCCACCAGCGGAAGAGAGCGGGGAAUUUCCCAGGCAGUGGCAGGAGAACGAGCGACCCCGUGGACCACGCCGUGGCGGUGCUGAGCCAGGGCGCCUGGAGGAGGUGCGCCCUCUGCGUGCAGAAGCAGGCCGGAAAGGCUGGAAUCGGCGUGCAACCCGCCCGUUCCGCCCCCUUCUCCUCGAGAGGGGCGGGCGUCCUCGAGUGCUGCAAGUGCGGGAAGCAAAAGGCAUUGGUCCACUUCAGAUUCGGAGAGGUGAACGACCUGAAGGCGCGUGGGGACCUCGACCGCGCCGUCUGCAUCGGCUGCGCUCCAAAUCGGCUGCACUUCAACGUGCAGUCGGAAGUCCGCCUGUUCAAGUGCGCGCAGUGCGCGGUCCAGAAGCCGACGGAGGAGUUCGACGAGACAUUCUUCAAGCAGCACCGCGGGGCGAAGGACCUGAUCUGCACUGACUGCAUGGACAGGGUGACGCCGCGGCCGAAGAUGGAGAAGUACACUGCGAAGAGGCUGCCGCAGUGGACAUGCGCGGCGUGCCGCAAGAAGAGCGACGCUGCUCAGUGCGGGGCGUGUUCUGCCGCCAUUCCCUGGAGAAUCAUUUGGAGCUCCAAUCGAGACAGCGGGGAAAUCCUGUGCCGGAAGUGCCAGGGGAAGGCAUGA